CGAACGACUUCGGGGCCAGAAACAAUUCAACUACUUUCACUCGCCACACCUCUACUCCGCUUGCUACAGCACACCAUGACCGCCACGACGACCGUCACGCAGACUGCGUCCCCAUCCUCAGCGGAGAACAUCCUCCGCCUGUUUCCAGAGAUCAACACCGAACUCGCAACCCAAACACAAUCUGCCACACAAGAUGCCGACAUGGCGGGGUACGACGAGGAGCAGAUCCGACUCAUGGACGAGGUAUGCAUUGUCCUAGACGACAAUGACCUCCCCAUUGGCAGUGGAUCCAAGAAGAUGUGCCAUCUCAUGGACAACAUCAACAAGGGCCUGCUCCACCGCGCAUUCUCCGUCUUCCUCUUCGACUCACAAAAUCGAUUACUGCUGCAACAACGAGCUUCUGAGAAGAUCACUUUCCCUGACUUGUGGACGAACACAUGUUGCUCGCACCCUUUGGGUGUCCCUGGCGAGACGGGCUCAACAUUGGAUGCUGCUGUGUUGGGAGUGAAGCGGGCGGCACAGAGGAAGCUCGACCAAGAGCUUGGUAUCAAGGCAGAGCAAGUGCCAAUUGAAAAGUUCAAGUUUCUGACAAGGAUACACUACCUCGCUCCCAGUGACGGCAAGUGGGGUGAGCACGAGAUUGAUUACAUCCUGUUUAUCAAGGCCGAUGUCGAUGUGGUUCCCAACCCCAACGAGGUGCAGGCCACCGACUACGUGACACCAGAAGAUCUGAAGAACAUGUUUGCGGAAGGGAAGCUCAAAUUCACGCCGUGGUUCAAGCUCAUCUGCGAAAGCAUGCUGUUCGAGUGGUGGCAGCACUUGGACACGGGGUUGGACAAGUACAUGGGCGAGACGGAGAUCAGGCGCAUGCUGCCUGCAAAGGUCACCAGCAAGUAAAACACGAUACCUUCACACACAUGCUCGGUGGCAGUGGCCAAUGCUUGCGCGAUGAUCAGCGGUUUAUGUUCAUGAUACCAGAGACCGACAGAAUCCAACCAAGAAUUUCAUGCUGAGCCGCAUAGGCGACAGCAGGUUUCCAUUAUUAUGUUCCAGAGCAUAUGCCAGGUCUUUGGGCGUGU